AUGCAUGCGUCAGUACUCAAGACGGAUGCCGGACAUCGUCUUCUCGCACGAUACCGCAGGACGCAGAACAGCAGGGAUCUCGACCAAUCCAUAAAACACUUCGAGGGUACCUCUGAUAUCUGCCCCGUUGAUCAUCCAUACCGCCCUGCCGCACUGUUCAAUCUAGCUUCCGCCAAGUUUGUUAGUUGCCAGGCUAAUGACACCUCCCUCGACCUCGACAUCCCUAUCUCUAUCUUUCAUGACGCCCUUGAUUCACGUCCCACUGGUCAUCCAGACCGACCCAUCACCCAGCUCCAUCUUGCCAUUGCUCUGCUGUCUCGUUUCGCGAAACGGGAUGAUCCUCAUGCCUUGGAUGAAGUAAUAUCCCUUCAUGAUGAUGCGCUAGGAUACUACAGCGCGGCGCAUGCUCAGCGAGGGAGAUUGAUGUGUAGCUUGGGUGCAAUGAUGGUGACUCGCUUUGAGCGCCGAGGCAAUAGCCAAGACCUCGACAAGGCCAUCGCGCUUCACAGAGAAGCGCUAGCUUUUGAGCCAAUCGGUCACCCGACUCGGUCCAUAUCAUUGAAUAACCUUGCACGUGCGCUGCUCACCCGAUUCAAACACCGAGGCAAUGGUCAAGACUUGGAUGAGGCUAUCACGCUUCACAGCGAAGCGUUGGCUUUGUGCCCUGUCGGUCACCCAGAUCGCUCCUCGUUUUUAAGUAACCUUGGGGCUCUUAUCUCCACCCGCUUCAAUCAACGAGGCAAUGUCCAAGACUUGAAUGAGGCUAUCGCGUUUCACAGGGAAGGACUGGCCUUGCGCCCGGUUGGCCACCCAGAUCGAUUCAUGUCAUUAAACAACCUUGGGAAUCAACUCUCCACCCGUUUCGACCACCGAGGCAAUGUCCAAGACCUGGACGAGGCUACUGCGCUUCAGAGCGAAGCACUGGCUUUGUGUCCUGUCGGUCACUCAGAUCGGUCCGCGCCAUUGAAUAACCUUGCAAAUCGACUCUCCGCCCGUUUCAGGCACCGAGGCAAUGUCGAAGACUUAGAUGAGGCUAUUGCGCUUUGUAGGGAAGGGCUGGUCUUGUGCCCAGUUGGUCACUCAGAUCGGCCCAUGAUAUUAAAUAACCUUGCGAAUAAACUCUGGACCCGCUUCGACCACCGAGGCGAUGCCCAAGACUUGGACGAAGCUAUCGCGCUUGUCAGGGGAGCGCUGGCUUUGUGUCCUCUUGGUCACCCAGAUCGGUCCAUGUCAUUAGACAUCCUUGCGAAUGGACUCUCCGCCCGCUUCGAGCGCCGAUGCAAUGACCAAGACUUAGACGAGGCUAUCGCGCUUCACAGGGAAGCGCUGACUUUGCGCCCGGUCGGGCACCCAGCUCGGUCCAUUUCAUUCAAUAACCUUGCGAAUCACCUCUACAUCUGUUUCAAGCACCGAGGCAAUGGCCAAGACCUGGAUGAGGCUAUCGCGCUUCACAGGAAAACGUUGGCUUUGCGCCCGGCUGGUCACCCAGAUCAGUCCAUGUCGUUUCAUAACCUUGCGCAUCUUCUCUCCACCCGCUUUGAGCACCGAGGCAAUGGCCAAGACCUCAAAGAGUCACUAGAGAAUUCCCGCUGUGCAUUGAACCUGUUGACGCAACAUGAUCCUCGUCAAACAAAGGUUCAUAUGACAGUAGCCUCCGCCUAUCUGCUGGUCCAUCAAUCAGGCCUUGAUGACAUUGGCGAAGAUACUGACAGUCUCAAUGCCUCCAUGCAUCAUUUCAAGGCAGCAGCAAAUAUUCUCACUGGAGGUUUGCUGUAUCGCCUGCGAGCAAGUCUAGCCUGGGUUCGCCAUGCUGCUCAAUAUACACAUGGCACUGAACUGGAGGCUUAUGCAACUUCUAUGCAACUUUUUGAUGCUUACAUGUCUGUGACAGCUUCGGUGUCAUCUCGCCAUCAUAUCAUGAAGGAUUUCCCAAUCACGCUUGCGGUCGAUGCCGCAUCAUGCGCUCUUCGUCGUGGCGAUAUGUGCCGCGCUGUAGAGUUAUUGGAACAAGGCAGGACUCUCAUCUGGACCCAGAUGGCGCGAUUCCGCACACCUCUUGACAGCCUCCAGAAAAGCGGAGAUCGUGCACAGGUUCUGAUGAUGAAAUUUAGAGACCUCAGCUCCCUCCUUGAGAGUCCUCACGUGAAUGAUUCAGAAGGGAUGCAAAGAGUCAACGUAGAAGCAAAAGCUACUCGUUACAGACGUCUAGUGGAGGACUGGAAUACAGUUGUGGAAGAGAUCCGGAAGCUCGAGGGCUUCUCACGCUUCCUACUGCCGCCCUUGUUCUCGGACCUCCAAGAUGCAGCUUGCGAUGGGCCUAUUAUUGUUCUCGUUGCAAGCAAGUCGUCUUGCGAUGCCAUCAUCAUCUGGAACAACAAACCUCCGACUAGCAUUCAACUCCCUACUGAUUUGGACAAACUCCGGCGAUUGGCGGUUGCACUUCAACAAGCAGUUCAUAGCGAGACCGGUCCGAAAGGGACCCAACCAGGGCUGAUCAAAGCCUUGCGAGAAUUAUGGGAUGAGGUAGUCCACCCUGUGGUUCAAAUUCUGCAUAGAUUCGCAGGAAAAGGUUCCCGCAUAUGGUGGUGCCCAACUUCUCUCUUCAAUUUCUUACCGUUGCACGCUGCUGGCGAAUACAAGGACGGUGGAAAGUCGCUUUCGCAGCUAUAUGUUUCUUCAUACACUCCAUCCCUUACCGCGCUCAUCAAGGCUCGCAAACACCGUGACAGGGCUCUGCCUGUGACGUUUAUUUUCUUUGCCGUGUGUCGACUCGAACUGGACUUGGUGGGGAGUCUCCUACCCCCUUCCCAGACUGUGUCCUUCACCAAAGUCACGAGCAAUCAAUCAACAAAAUCAAUGGCCCUGCGCACAUUGCGAGAUAACCAUUGGAUCCAUCUUUCCUGUCACGGAACACAAAACUUUCAGGAACCCUUCAAGUCGGCAUUUCUUAUGCGCGACGAACCGCUUCAACUUCUUGAUAUCAGGCACACGGAUCUAUCUCAGCACGAAUUUGCAUUUCUCUCUGCUUGCGAGACUGCAGUGGGUGCCGUCCAAACACCCGACGAAGCCAUUCACUUGGCAGCUGGCCUACAAUUUUCUGGGGUGAAGAGUGUCAUUGGUACAUUUUGGAAUGUCGAUGAUAGUACCGUGCAACGCUUGGUCGAGGCAUUCUACAAGAAUUUUUGCGGGGAUGGCAAGAUGAAUUCAAAAAGAGCUGCCCGAGCACUGCACAAGGCAGUCCAGUCGUUGGCUAGUGAUAAAGACGUGCCCUUGGACCAGCGCAUCGUGUUCAUGCAUAUUGGCCUAUGA